AUGGACCCCUCCUUCGUGAGCAAGCUUCUCGACGAGGAUGAGGUUUGUUUUUCUAUGUUUAUUCAAGCCUCCCCUCUUAUAUUCGUCGUCUUUGCUUUGAGGUUUCUCAAUAUUUUCUAAUUUUGAUGUUGAAUGGUCGUUCUCUUGACAGGUUGAUAGUACCCAUUCUGGAGCAGAUGUGGAGGCUUUCACUGCUGCGCUGAAUAGAGAUAUCAGUGUAGACAUGUCUGCCCCCACGAUUGCUCAGCAACCCAAUCCUCCAGGAGCAUGUAAGUCGAUCAUCGGCUCCUGACCCAACUGACCUGGAUGUCAAUUUGGGGAUAUACGGAGGAUCAGUAUUGUGACUGUUUAUUCAAAUUGAGGCGACAGGGCAUAUUUUUGAGUCAUGGGCUCUCAAAAUUUUGUUGAUUAAUGUUUACCGGAUGUUCAUUAAGUUACCUCUAUGAUGGGGAGAUGUGGAGAGUUCAACGUCAAAAUUUUACAUUAAGUUUACCUCCUGACCAGCCUACGUCUACUCAUCUGCCAAUCAUUAUUAGAUUUGUUCAGGCUCAGGCAGGUUCUCGUGCCAGGAGUUUGUUUUUUGUUUCUGUGCUAGUUUAUAGAUAGAUGUUAAGGUUUGUGUCUAGAAGUGAAGCUUAUGCUGCUUAUUUUUAUCGUUAGGGACUCCAGAAAAGUAACGAUCAGUUUUUUACUUGGUUAACAAUUAGGCUAGAAGUGACACAACAGCAGUCUUCGAGUGGAAUAUCAAAUCUUUGGUCAUUUUGUUAGCUUAUAAGGAACAGAGACUACAAUUAAUUUGCUCAAUUAAGGACUAGGUUUGGAGUUUUCCUGGUUGUUGUUAUAGUCAGUAGACUUUAAAUUGGGGAUCGGAAGUAAGUUGAUGACAUAGAGAAGCCAGAUAAAGUUUCUUAUUUCUUGAUGGUGAAGUAACUGGAAAGUGAAGAAUGCUAUGAUUAUUAGGUAUGCUAUGAAUUUUUAAGUGUGAUCUGUACAGGUCUCCUAAUUUGGAUUUAAACAACUCUACCAACUCUACCUACUUACCAAACAUUUAGGAUUAUAAAUGUUAGAUCUUCCUCACUUGUAAGUUCGUUUAGAUGUUGCGGCAUUUUUUGUUGAAGUCCUCCGCUCGUAAUUACAACUUUCUGCUUCCAAGGAUAAUCUGACUUUUUGCUGCUGACACCUGCUACAAGUUAAGAACUUUCAGCUUCCCCGGCCAGGUGUUGUAAGGGGGUUGGUGGAGAUUCCUUUGGAGAACUGAUGACACCCUUUAGUUCCUAUUCUGCACACUCUUGUCAUCCAUUCUACUAACUCGCGAGUUUCUUUCAUUGGUCUGAAUGGAUCCCAGUUAGGGGGCAGUUUUCAGAAGACUAGGGUCUACUAGUACAGGUACAGCUGUGAUAUUGUCAGCCAAGUGAAUUAAGGGUAUUAGAAAUUAUAUGCUUUUAUGAACACACUCCUUUCUAGAGAUUUUUUAUACUUCGUAUGUUAACCACAAUUUUCUCCAAUCAAAUAGUGAAACAGUAGGAUUCUAUUAAGAUGUAAUUAAGUGAACUUUUGCAUCAUCCUUUAUCUGAUAUCUGAUGCCAUUGGUUAAUUCAUAUAAUUAGUCAUUCAUUGCAAUUUUACGGUAUUGUGAAGUUUCUUUAAGCAUCGAAUAAGGCUUAGCAUGUAUAAUGAUGAAAUGGGGUAAAUCAAUACACAAUAGUGAUUCUGCUUAAAACUCCAUGUUCACUGAUAAUCGUGUAUCAUAUCCCAGUCAAGAGGCGUUUGCUUUGAAGCAUUUUCCAUGGUUGGCAAGUAUUUACCUAUCUUUAUCAAAUUAAGGCAAAAUGAGAAUACCAUGUAUUCUUUAAACACAAUGCCCCUAGCUUACCUUCUACAUUUUUGUUUUUCUAAGUUUUAAUCUCUUAUUGGAUUUCUUUAUGGCUUUUCGUCUGAAUUCAGUGGGAGCAUUAGCCACUGAUAGCAAUUCUACACCAAACCAGCUGAUUGACGAUUGGCAUGCAUCUAGUAAAGAAGAUGAUGCUGUGCACCAAAGUCUACAGCAGGAAGAACAGACGGGGAUUGAUGCUCAAGAACAACAGCCAUCUCAAGUAGAACCGAUAAAGCACCCAGAGAGUGCGGAGUAUCAGCACCAACAGCCCGAUCAUCAAACAGAACACGAAAAACCUACUGUUCAGUCAGAAAAUCCUUUUACUGAUCCUCAACAUCUGCAAAAGGAUCACCCAGUUGAAAAAAUUUCAGUCUCAAAUUCUCAGGAAAGUUCCGUUCAUCAGUCACAACAAGAUAAACUUAAGCAUCCUGAGAGUCAGCAACAAGGUUUAACACAGCAGUUGAAUGAACAGCAGGCAUCAACAUCAGAUCAAACAAGCAACCAGAUGAAGCGAAUGAAAUCUGGAUCUGUGCCGUUUACUAUGUUGAUUCCAAUAUUACGUCCUCACCUCGAUAAAGAUCGAAAUAUGCAGCUUGAUGCUGUCUUUGCUAAAUUGCGGGUUGGGUAUUCACUACUAGAUGCAGUGCAAAUUUCUUUAUAUUUAUAAGGAAAACAUUUUCUUUAUGUACAUUUAAUCCAUCGUUAAUGUGUUUUCGUAUGCUUUAUUUGUGUCCAGAGUAACGAAAUUACGAAGGAACACUUUUUGAGGGUAAUCAGGAACAUUGUUGGUGAUCCAAUGCUCAGACAGGCAGCUCAAAAAGUACAGGCACAGGCAAGGAGAUAUGCAUUUCAUGUGAUUGUAGGAAAAUGAAUCUUUUAAAUUAUUUUGUACACACAUACUCUGCCAGAUUUUAAAAACUCGAAGGGAUUAUACAUUAUAAGAGAUGGAAAUCGAAAACAACAACCUAAAAUAAAUUCUUGAAGAGAAAAUUUUCAUUCAUUUGAUACUUUCCUAAAGUUUACUUUAAAAUUUGGUUCCAGAUGGCUGGUCGAAGUUCUCAAAUCAGUUCCACACAAAGCGAGUUACAGGCUUCUCAACAACAGGCAUCGCGUGGUACUCAGCAGGUUGUUGAAGGCCAAUCCGUCUCCCAGCUGCAUUCCAUAUCCUCUCAACAGCAGAGGAGCCAGACAUCAGCGAGUGUGCAGCAGUAUGUUGAAGGGCAGUCUGUUCUACAGCUUCAGCAUAUCUCACCAGUUUCUCUUCAGAAAGUCCAGAAAUCCACUACUCAGCAAUCUCAGGCGACUGCAGGUCAGACUGAUAUGAGCACUGUGAAGUCAAAUGUAGAUAAUCAAUCCAUUUUGUUGGGGCAUCCUCCAGCCCAAGUUCCUUCCACUGGCGUGAGCGUAUUGAAGCAAGAAAGGGAGGUUUCUUUGGUUUCAGUUCAAGCAGUGAACAAACAACAACAACUCUCACAACAUUCACCAUCCUCUUUACCUAUGUAUGGUGCCACUGUUACCAAUUUUAAUUCCCAGAUAUUACCCAGACCAGCUGGAACUUCUUCAGUCGUUUCUCGUAAAUCUCAAAUUCAGGAUUCACCGAUGAGACAACUCACACCACAGGGGAUACUUUCCAUGCACCCAGGGUCAUCCCAGCCUGCGAACAUCAUGAACACUUCCAAGUAUGACGUUCAAAGCGCUGUAACCGAGUCCAGUAGACACGGAGGGACUGUUUCUCACUUUACAAGCCACAUAUCUGCACAACAAAGUCAACCUUCCCGGCAAUCAUCCACUAGCAAAGAGCAGAAAGCUAGCCCUUUAUCAACCACGCCCUUUGUCAAACAGGAAGUUGCUGAACAAGCAAUUGAACUGGAAAGUCGAUCUCAAAUUUCACCUCUCCAGGGUUCUUUUGGUACUCGACAUGUUGACCAGGGGAAUGCAGCUCCUAGCUCUUCAAAGGUUGAAGCUGUUGAGAAACAGACAUCAAGAGUUACUUUUUCUGCAUCUACAAGUACGGUGACAACAAACCAGAUGCCUGGUUCUAUGACGUCCCCGCUGGAGUCUGGAAUGCAGGUUUGAUGUUCAAGUUAUGCUUCUGCAUGAUUUCAUUGUUCCGUGAUGAGACUUCAUUAUCAGAAUGCUGUCUAAGAACUAUUUUAUGCUGCUUAUUCUGUCCCAUCCUCCCUGUUGGGGUCAUAUCGACCCUAUGCAAAAGGCUAGUAAAUGAUAUGCUGGCAAAGAGAGAACAUGACCUGGUUAAAAUGGAGCCUGACGGAAGUGUGGCAAAAAAGUAUAGCAUCCCUCUGAAUCACAUGUGUGGAUAUACUUAAUGUAAGAAUCAUGGUAGGAACGGUUUAAUUUCAUAGCUGAUGAUGAAUUAUGUUGGAAACAAUGACAAAACAAGGGCCAACUCGGAUAAGGUGGCCAAUGCAAACCUAGAUGAAACCCAUAGGCAUGUAAAGCCCUUGCCAGCAAUAAGCUAAUGUCUAGUGGAUAUCAUGCCAAAAAAUCCUAGCAAAAAUUUCGAACGUGAAGCCAUAAUUUUCGUUUUUAAUUCAAUAGAAAGGUUUCUAUCAAUUGACGAGACAAGAAAGGUUUCGCAGUUGUUGGUUGAAUUAUCGAGCAUAGAUACCUGAAAUAAUCUUCUGAUGGAACUCUUAAUGGGCUACUCUGUUUACUCUCCAUUGUUUCCACGGACAUGCAACUCAUGUAUUGUCUUAUUAUAACUCAUCUUAAAAUUCUUAGAGUCUGUGGUCUCAUUUAUUAUCUUUGCUCUUACUUAUAUCCAUCAAUAUCAUAACUAUCAUUGUGCGGAAGUCAAUCUGUAGGAGAUUACAUAUAUGAACAUUGGAGAUAGUAAAUUUUGUUAUGCUGCUAUUAGGUAUUCAGACGUAUAUCCUGCACUACUCACAUUCACUCUCCAUGUCUCUCAUAGCAUUAUGCAAAUCGCCAUGUUUACAUUGCCUGCUGCCCUGUUUGACAGUACUUAAACGCCAUGUUUGACAUUUAUGAUUUUUCUCACGGUGAGUUGUUCUUUGAACAACCAUAUUUUGUUGUCCACAUUACCGUCUAGUUGUCACGUGUUUUAUUUUUUGAAUUCCAUCAUCUCACAAUUUCUUCCCUGUUGGUAUCUAGUUUUUAUGUUGAUUUGUCAACCAGCAGAUUUCAUCUACCUCUGUUUGAUAUCUUCGUUUUGCUGCUAAUCAGGGACGAUCCCAGAUCCCAUCUGCUACCCCACCUGUUGCAACUGGAGUCAGUGCUAGGACUCCUCCGAAGAAAACGUCUGUUGGCCAGAAGAAACCACUUGAUACUCAAAGCACCCCAUCUCCUGCAAGGUAAAUUCUUGCCCAAGCUGCUGUUACGGGGAAUCAUGCAACUAGUGGCUGCUUAGGGAUUUUUUUCUGUGGUCGUCCUAUCAGUUUUCUUUCCUCGCUCAUGCUGCUUUUAAAUUGCACAGCAAAAAGCAAAAGGUGUCUGGUGCUUACCAUGAUCAAAGUAUUGAACAACUCAAUGAUGUUACUGCUGUUAGUGGAGUCAACCUCAGGGUACAUCUCUAAAUUUCCUCUUUACCAUUAGAUAUGAUACACUUAAAGAGAGAUCUGAUCAAUAGUUGACAAGGUGAUGUUCACAAGCUUUGCUUCUCAAGCUCAUGAUGCAUCUCAUCAUUGGACUUGUACCAGGAAGAAGAGGAGCAACUUCUUUCUGCCCCCAAAGAAGAAAGCCGAGCUUCGGAAGCAACCCGGAGGGUAGUGCGGGAAGAGGAAGAAAAACUAAUUCUGCAGAAGGGCCCCCUUCAUAAAAAAAUCGCUGAAAUCAGUUAAAAAAAACAUACCCCAAUUUGAAUUAUGCUAUAUAAAUAUUUAUGAUGAAAAAUGGACAAAAUAAAAGUGUACUAAUUUCUGUUCUUGUUGCAGUGUCCAAAUGUGGAAUAAAGAAUAUUAGCACUGACGUGGAACGGUGUCUUUCACUGGUGAGAUAUGUCACACAUAUUUCCUUGAUGCUGAUCAUUUGCUAAUGAUGUACAAUUUAUUUUUAGGGUGUCGAAGAGCGUUUGCGGGGAUUGAUUAGUAACAUGAUAAGGUUAUCACGACAGGCAAGCAUCAAGUUUUCAUCAUAUUUUAUAUCAUGGAAUCAAUAUCUUGCCACCGAUUAUGAACUUCGUCGUGGUAUUUAUAAUGUUUGCAGCGAGUUGAUAUCGAGAAGGCUAGGCAUCAGAUUGUUGUAACUUCGGAUGUACGGCGCCAGAUAUUGAUGAUGAGCAAGAAGGCAAAGGAGGAGUGGGAGAGAAAGCAAGCUGAAGAAGCAGAAAAGCUUCGGAAGCAAAAUGUAGUAAGUAGCUUCAUACCUACCCUGGAAUAAUGGAGCCUAUCAGUGGCGUUUACCCUAUUUUAAGAUUUUUUCUGUGGUGCUUGAAAUCACUCUUAGCAUGAAAUGUACAUCUAGGUUCCCAAACCCAUCAUUUUCUUGCGGCACAUUAUUCUUUUGACAUAUUUUCAUUGGAUUUCUUCCUUCAAUGUCUCUUAUUCCAUUGCCAAUUGAGGUUUUUCUGACUCAGCUAACAGUGGAUACUCUGGUUAAGCUUCUGAGUUCAUUAACAUUGUUUGGGCAGAUUAUGAUAAACUUUGGCAUGUAGUUUGAUGGUUUGCAUCUGAUAAUUUGUGCAGUAAAUGAAGUUUAUGAUGUCAGGGUUAAUAGAUUUAAAAAUCUGGAUUUAUGUCUACAAAUACGAAAAAUCUACCCACCGAAUUGCACUUGAGAUAAAAAAAAAACGAGCGCUCAUGUUUUUUUGUUCUAGGGCCAUUAUGCAAAAUACUGUAGAUAAACAGGCAUACGCUAUUGAUUUCUCAUUUAUCAUUCAAAACCCUGAUCUUGAUCCGUGAGAACCUGUGUAGAGAGUUAUGCUCCCAGAGAGGACGCCUGGGUCAUGGCUGCCGUUAGUACAACUAAACUGGGAAUGGGAAUCGGUUCUAAGAGGUUAAGUUGUCCCAGUAUUAUUUUCUGUGCCUCUCGUGGAAAUAUUAUUAUAUAUUGAGGAUAAUCACAGGUCAAACAUGUCUGUUUUCAUGUGAGAUAACCUACCAGGACGAAUCAAUUUUCUUUUCCACUUGCGCCUGUUCUUAAAAUCUAUGAGGGACGGCUUCAUCGAACAAGAUUCUUUCUGAGUUGUAUGCAAAUUGGUACCGCUGGGUUUUGCAUCACCCACGCAGCUUUGCAUUGCAUGACUGAACCCUGACAUGAAUGAAACGUUGGUCCACAAAGGGCGAAGGCAAUGGAGGAUCCGAGGCCGACAGGGAAAAGGAUGAAGCUGGGCGUUCGAAGUCCCUCAAGGUACUUCUUAUUUUCCCCAUUGAAGCGAGUCAACGCUGCAGAGGAAAUCCCCAUGCCCGCAUAUAAACUGCCUCUCCUUCAUGUAGUCAAAGGAGGAGGACGAUAAGAUGCGAGCGACGGCCGCCAACGUUGCCGCCCGAGCGGCAGUUGGCGGAGAUGAUAUGCUUUCCAAGUGGCAGCUGAUGGCCGAGCAAGCCCGGCAGAAGCGUGAAGGGGGGGUGGAAGCCGUCUCUGCCGGAGUGCCCGGGAGAGCCACCGCCGCUGCCGCCGCCGCCGCCCGCAAGCCUCUGCUGAGCUCCAGCAGGACAUCGAAGGAGCAACAGGAGGGCGAAAAGAAGACCCCUCUCCGCUCUCCUGCGACUGGUAGAUGCCAUGCCCAGCUACUCUGAUCCGACGUUUGUUCUUUUCUAUAGAGGAAGGUCAGUUUAUGACAUCCAUGUUGGCGUUUGUGCAGGGGGAAUGAGAAAGUUUGGAAGGAUGGUUCCGCACCCGAAGGUCAUCCGCAGCAUCUCCACCAAGGACGUCAUUGCAGUUCUCGAGAGGGAGCCUCAGAUGACCAAGUCCUCCCUCAUCUUCCGCCUCUAUGACGGCGCCCCGGCCAGUUCCCCCUUAGACUGA